AUGGAACAUCCAUGUGGCGAUGUGCGGCUCUGGGCAGCGAAAUGCUUGGCAGAAGUAAUGGUGAUAUUCGUGCCAAAGCCACCCAUCGAGCAAGAAAGGAUUUCAAGUGUGCUGCAGUUAUUCAUGGACCAGAUGAUGUGGUUGACAGAUGCAACAGCAAAAAACUACAAGUAUGCUUGCGAUUUGUUUCGAAGGCUUGUUGAGAUUCGCGGUUUCAUGCUUGCGUUUGAAUCAACAACUCCGGAGUUGGUGAUGGAAGAUCUUGUCAAGUCGAGCAUCGCGACCGUUCGCAAAGCUGUGCUUGUUCAUGAGGAUGAAGAGUUCGAGCGGCUCGAAAACUUACUCGCCCAGCUUUUGGCAGGCGUUUUGGCCGAGGUAGACGAACUGCCCGAGACAGUUCUCAACUUGCUCAUGCAAGAGGUGAAGCAGAAGACAAAAUGUGCAGGACUUGUGAAGCGGGUGCUGGCUGCCAUGGCCCGGCAUAGCGCCGUAGUGCCUGUCAAUGAGUUCCUCAAUCGCGCUUUGGCUGAGGCCCAGAGCGCACCGCCUCAGGGCCGUGAAGAGCAGCGGCUGCUGCCGAGCCCAGCCGAACGGGCAGAAGCCACCCUUUUCCUCGUGCAGGAGCUGUACAUGGUUGACCCUUCCUUGGUGGCGCGUGUGAUGCCGAAUUUGCAGACCGACAUUCUGAAUCCGGAUGCAGAUUGGCGGAGAAUGAUCACAGCUCUUGUUGGGCAGAUGCUGGCUCAUUGUCCUUCGACGGAGCAGAUGGGGGUUGCGUGUACACGACCCUUCCUGGCAACUUCUCAUCCCUUGAUCGUGGACCGCCACAGGGAGAGACUGGAAGAUGCAGAUGAUGGCGUGCGCUCUGCCGCUUUGGACGGUGCUUGUGCCAUCCUGCGGUCGGCAGCUGCUAUCUCAGCCAAGCCUGCCCUUCCUGGUUGUCAAGAAUUCUUGUCAGCAGCUGCUUCGUUGGUGCCCAAGCUGAAAGAGCGAAGCUUGGAUCCAAAUGACAGGAUUCGCAUGCGCACGAUGGAGGUUGUGCUGGAUGUUGCAGCAGAGUCCGCUGGCGGGUAUUCUCUUUUGGAGCCUGUUCUGCAGGAUGUUUGCCGCCGCAUUGUAGACAAGAAGGCCAAGGUCCGUGAGGCCUGUGCCGAGAUGAUGGCACGGCUCUACGCCAAGCAUGCUCUCCCAAAAUGGAUUGUGGGGCAGCCUGCAGAUCGUUUGAGUUGGAUCCCGCAGCAGCUGUGUGAAGCAUAUCUCGUGCUGAACAACACCGGGCUCGGUCAAAUUGCACAGCUUGAGGAGCACAUCGAGCAGCACCUUCUUGGUUGCGGAGCCGGCAUGGAUGGACAUCAGCGCGGAUUAGCUUUUCUUGGCUUCUACUCAUCCGCAUCCAGCAAAGCAGGGAGCUCCUCGCAGGGCCUGGCUCUUCUCAUGUCAAAGAAGCGGGAUGCCAAUGAGGCUUUGCGAAAGUUUCUGGACAAGAGGGUCGCAAAAGGAGGGCCCUUGAUGCCACUUGCAGGCGACGGGAUUCUUGUCCCUGUUUCAGCUGGCUCUGCUCAGUCUGCUCAGCCCGGCCCGCCGCGGGAGGAGGUUUUGGAGAACCUGGCCAGGCACAGCCCAACUUUCGAUGGCAGCAGCACCCGACUUGACUCAAUCAUGGCGCACUUGUCUGUUAUGGAUGGCGUCCGUGACAAAGCCUUUUGGUCUUUGCUGCAAUCGCUCGCAAGUGCCUUGAACAACAGCUGCAAUGACAUGCGGGCGCUCCUCGAUUCACUCAAGGACUUGGACAAGCUUCUCAGGGUCCACAAUCUUCUGAGUCUAACGCCGCUGAUUCGCCGGGCCCUUCUGUGCACGUGGAUGUCCUCAGAUCAAGUGUUUGCUUUGUUGGACCUUUGGAGCAGCAGAUGGCCGGAAGCCUUCGAGCGUGAUGACGAAUCAGCUCCGCAACAGCUGUCUGCAGCGGCUAGAGCAUGUGCUGCGGACCUUCCAAAGUUCUUUGUGGGUGACUUCCUUGGGCAUGCCGAUCGUCUCGUGAAAAUCGCCACAACUUCAGCAGAUGAUGCACGAGCAGCUUUGAAAGCCUUGGCAUCUAUUGCAAAGUGGACAGAAGCGCUAGGUGCCGAGGUUGCGUUGGUGCAUGCCGAGGAAUUGAGCAAUGUUCUCCUGGAAGCUUGCCAGCUUGCCAGCACGGAGACUUCUCAAUCUGGCGUGCCUUGCCGCAAAGCCGUGAAAGCCUUGAAGCUCUUGCAUGACCGCGAGAAGAGGGCACUGGCGGCAGAGAGCUGGUUGACGUGGGCGCGGGGUAAACUCAACAGUGGCAAUGACAAAGUUCUUGCCUUGACCCUCGCGGCGGCCUUGUUCGAGCAAGAUUUUCCUGGUGGGCUGUUCCAUGACUUGAAAGGCCGCCCGGACUUCCUGGCCGACGCUCACAGCAUUCUCACGAAGAAGGGGGGAGUGGCAACGGACCUCCGCUUUGCGGCUAUCGAAUGCGUAGCAGCUGCGGGCUCCGAAGAGGAUAUUCUCGAUCUUCUUUCCGCCCCUGAAAAGGACAGAGCGACGGAGACGGACUCCGCCGAGGCCACAUCAUGGUUUGAUCCGGAGGCCUCUCAUGUCGUCUGUUGCUUGCUGCGCGUUCUUCGCUCUGGCCGUCUUCAAAUGUCGACUAAGAUGCUGAGCCAAGUGGCGUCGAAAAUGUAUGCUUGUUUAGGAGAGACGAGGCCAACCUGCGAGAGUGAGACGAUCUUUGACUCACUUCAACGAUUGCAGCGUUCAUCAGGCAGCAAGGUGCGCCUUGCUGACCGUUUGCGGUUGUGUCAUACCUUGCCGCUGAUUUUCGCUUUCUCGCCGGUCAAGAAGCACAGAGAGGCUGUGCAGCGGAUGUUGCAGGCUUCAUUCACCAAGGCAUCACGGCGCGCAGAGGAACCUCUGGUGGAGUUUGCAAUUGCCUGCUUCAUCCAUUUUCUAUCUUCCGUGGAUGUGUUUCAGAGAGAAGUGUCGCUGUCCGCAUCAUCUUUUCCAAACAGCAGCAGGAUGUGCCACCUUUUGUGUGAAGCUCUCCUGCGAAGUGAUGUGCAGCAUUCUAUGGAGCUGGCAUGGACUGUUCUUCAAGUCUGCGACCGGACCCUGGAUUUUGUGGAUAGGGAAAACCCAGCAUCGGAUGCUAUCCACAAAGCAGCAAGCGUUCUUCGCUAUGUUAUAGAGAAGCGCUGCCCGAGCCUCGCAGGAAAACCCACCGACGCGCAGGUGACUAGAGGCCGAAUGCCAGCCGAGCUGUUUGCCGCUCGCCGAAGUACAGCUCAUCGGGCUUUGCCUGGUAUCGAUGCAAUUGCAGACAAGGAGAUGAAGGAGGUGGAUGGCGCGGUGGCGAAUGACUUCCAGCAAAAGGGCUUGUCCAGUCCUUGCAUCCUUCAGACACCCACACGCCAGAGCUUGCUAAAAGCACGGCACUCUCCCGAGUCUUCAGGCCCAGGUCGCUCAUCAGUGACAGCAGUCGCCCGUCCCAUGGCUUCGACAGGCAAGACCAGCCUGGCUGUUCCACCUGCUUGGAGUAGCACUUCCAAAAAGAGGCGGACAAGUUGA